CUGUCUGUGCUCCCAAAGUAGAUGACUGCUCUAGAUCUAGUGUCUGUAUUACUGACUGCGAGAGACGAAAAAAUCCAGUUCACACAUCAUCAUCCCAAGUCAGGACAAGGUUUUCCGAUUGUGGGAUAGAAUGCCGGCGAUCAUAAGUAAAAACUCCGACUUGGAGUUUGACUCCUUACAACCAUGUUUCUACCCGGACGAGGACGACUUCUACUUCUGUGGCCCCGACUCUGCGCCACCGGGAGAGGACAUCUGGAAGAAAUUCGAGUUGUUGCCCACUCCGCCCCUUUCGCCGAGCCGAGCCGCGCUACCGGGGGAGCAGGCGACGGCCUCCCCGGACGCAGACCCCCUAGGCUUCGGAUUAGGAGACCCACUGGACUGGGCUUCCGAGCUGCUGCUCCUGCCCGAGGACGAUAUCUGGGGGGCACCCGACGAUGGGGACCUGUUCGGCUCCGCUUUGGAUACUACUAAUCCCAACAGCAUCAUCAUCCAGGACUGUAUGUGGAGUGGCUUCUCCGCCAGGGAAAAGUUAGAGCGGGUGGUCACGGAGAAGCUCGGAAAGGCUAUUUCCACCGCCGCGGGAGGCGGCAGGGGUGUGUGCGUCAAGGCGCCGGAGGUGGUUAGCCGCAACUCGGUGUCAGAGUGUGUGGACCCCACGGUGGUAUUCCCUUUCCCUGUCAACAAGAGGACCGGCAGCAGGGAUUCAGCCGGGACCUUGCCCACUUCCACAGCCCACGGAAGCGCUGCCAGUGACUCUGAAGAUGAGGAUGAGGAUGAGGAUGAAGAAGAGGAGGAGGAGGAGGAGGAGGAGGAGGAGGAAGAGGAGGAGGAGGAGAUUGAUGUGGUUACAGUAGAGAAGAGACGUUCCACAAUCACCAAGGCGUCACCCAUGGCGACGGGCACCGUCACCAUCUCUGUGCGUCCCAAGAUGGGUUCAUCCGGGGGCGCUGUCUCAGGGUCCGGUGUGGUGAGCCGGUUCGUCAGCCGGGCGCCGCAGGAGCUGAUCCUGAAGAGGAGCUCGGUCCACCAGCAGCAACACAACUACGCAGCGCCCUCGCCGUACGCGUCGGACGAUGACCCCGCCCCGCCACCCAAGAAACAGAAGACCACUGACGCCCCGCGACCCCCGACCAGAACCAUCUCCUCAUCUUCGUCGUCCUCCUCCACGUCCUGCGGCUCCGUCGGCUCCACCGCCGCCACAUCGGGGGCGCGCAGCAAACGCAGCGCCAGCGGGGACAGCAGCCCGCGAGGCGGCUCCGACUCGGAGGACAGCGAGCGCCGGCGCAACCACAACAUCCUGGAGCGCCAGCGCCGCAACGACCUGCGCUCCAGCUUCCUGACGCUGCGCGACCACGUGCCCGAGCUGGCGCACAACGAGAAGGCGGCCAAGGUGCUGAUCCUGAAGAAGGCCGCCGAGUACGUGAGCUCGCUGGAGACGGAGGAGAUGAGGCUCCAGCAGGAGAAGGACAGGCUCCAGGCCCGCAGGCAGCAGCUGAUGCGCAGGCUGGAGCAGGCCAGGACUCGCUAACAGACAACCGCUUCAACACAUAAACACUCACAUAGACCCUGGACAACCCCCCCUCCGCCACCUCCCACCCAGUUCAGUCUGUUUGAAACACUACACUUCAUCUUGGAAGACGCCGUGACGCAUACACACAUCGGCCUAUACACUUAAGCACACACACAUAGGCCUGCAUAUCUCCGUACACCUGAACACACACACACCCACGAAAUCUCCGAAAACACACUCAGCCAUCUGCAACAGGAUGGACGAGAGGGGGAGGUGCUGGAGGGACACUUGGACUUUCACUGCCGCCACUUUUUUUGCACAUUUGUUGACGUUAAGAAUGUUUAGGGUUUACUUUUUCAAUCCAGUCACAUUGAGGAAAAAAAAAAAGAAAGAAAAACAAAAGAAUGAGGAAGGCGAGAGGAGAGAGAGAGAGGACACACCCCUCGGCUCGUCUCCGCUUCCUCUGGCUUUUAUAUCAAUUCUAUUUGUAUCUUGUUAUUUUAUUUUAUUUUAUUUUUUUUUUUUUUUUUGUACUCACUGUGACACCAGCCUGGAAUCAGGUGACUCCCACAGGGAAGGGUGUUAGAGGGCACUUUGCUUGGAGAGUUCAAAGUUCAGAGUUCACUUAUAGAAAAGCAGUGCACGCUUACUUUGCCUUCACCACUGCAAAAAAAAAAAAA